UCACCUUUUUAUUUUUCUUCUUAACCCUCAUAUUAUAUCUUCCAUAGAAUCAUCACCUUCAUACUCACACACCCCAAUGGAUUUCUCUCAAAACACAAUUGCAAUUGGCCUCCUUUCAGCAAUCUUUCUCUUCAUAAUUCUAUUCAACCACUCCAGAUCCAUCAAAACCAAACAACCCCCAAUGGUUGCUGGUGCAUGGCCAAUAAUUGGCCACCUUCCCCUCCUAAGCAAAUCUCAAGCAACUCAUCAUCUCCUAGGUGCCAUGGCAGACAAGUAUGGUCCCAUUUUCACCAUCAAACUCGGCACCGCAACGACUCUAGUCAUAAACAACUGGGAAACAGCAAAAGAAUGCUACACAACAAAUGAUACAGCUGUAUCUUAUCGUCCAAACCUCGUUGCAUUCAAGCACAUGACAUAUAAUCAUGCCAUGCUUGGUUUUGCACCCUACGGUCCCUUUUGGCGCGAAAUGAGGAAGAUCGUUACUCUAAGUUUUCUCUCAAACCAUCGGAUCGAUCUAUUAACUCAUGUCCGUGUCUCAGAAGUUCAAACUUCGAUCAAAGAGCUAUUUAGUAUUUGGAAAAAUAAAAGAGACGAAAAUGGUUAUUUGCUUGUGGAGAUGAAGAAGUGGUUUCAUGAGUUGGCUUUUAAUACUGCUCUUAGAAUGGUUGCUGGGAAGAGAUAUUUUGGAGAGAGUGUGAUGGUUAAAGAGGAAGAAGCAAAUCGGUGUUUGAAUGCUUUAAGGGAUUAUAUGCGUUUGAUCGGUGUUUUUCCUAUUGCUGAUGCUAUUCCGUUUUUGCGGUGGUUUGAUUUUGGUGGACAUGAGAAAAGUAUGAAGGAGAAUUUUAAGGAGUUGGAUACUGUUGUGACAGAGUGGUUGAAUGAGCACAAGAAUAAAAGGGAAGAUGGUGGUGAUGAUAAGAGUAAAGGGGAUCAUGAUUUUAUUGAUGUUAUGCUUUCUACAAUCGACGGAACAAACAUUCAUGGGUUUGAUUCGGAUACUAUCAUCAAAGCCACAACAAUGGCACUAGUUUUGGGAGCAACUGACACUAGCAGUGUUACACACAUAUGGGCAUUGUGUUUACUAUUGAACAAUCCUCAUGCAUUGGAAAAAGUUAAAGAAGAAAUUGAUCGCCACAUUGGCAAAGAGAGAUUAUGCAUCACCGAGUCCGAUAUUAACAAGUUAGUAUACCUUCAAGCUGUUGUCAAAGAAACACUAAGGUUGUAUCCAGCAUCGCCUCUUUCUGGAAUUCGCGAAUUCAGAGAAGAUUGCAACAUUGGUGGCUACCAUGUGAAGAAAGGAACUCGACUAUUCACGAACUUGUGGAAGAUCCAAACUGACCCUAGCGUUUGGCCGGAUCCAUUGGAGUUCAAGCCUGGGAGAUUUCUUACAACUCAUAAAGAUGUUGAUGUUAAGGGUCAUCAUUUUGAGUUUUUACCAUUUGGAAGUGGAAGAAGGAUUUGUCCUGGAAUAUCCUUUGGCCUUCGAACCGCGUAUUUGACUCUUGCAAAUUUUCUACACUCCUUUGAAGUUUUGAAAACAUCAAGUGAGCCAAUUGAUAUGACUGCUGUUGUGGAAACAACCAACAUCAAAGUUACUCCUCUUGAAGUCCUCAUUAAACCUCGUUUGCCUUUCAAUUAUUAUGAAACCAUGUAAUCAUAUGUACUAGCAUAUGAUUCAUGCUUAAGGUUAUGAGUCUCUUAUUGUAUCUUCCAAUAGUUGUGAAACAAUGUUACCAAAUUUGGACCUUUUAAUUUGAAUGAAUAAGACGAGUUCCUAAACUAAGGACUCCUUUGUAUUAUUUAGGGUGAUUUAAACUUAUACUGUGAAAAGGAAUCCACUAUUUGAAUUCAA